AUGAGCUCAUACACCAUCGACAUGCCCUCUAUAGAUGCCAGUACAGCUCCCACAGGUGCAGACAAGUACUCUGUCAUCUUACCUACUUAUAACGAGAGGAAGAACUUGCCUGUGAUAGUUUGGCUGUUGGCCAAGACGUUCGAGUCCAAAGGCAUACAAUGGGAGAUCAUCGUAGUGGACGAUGCGAGUCCGGAUGGUACGCAGGAGGUAGCUAAGCAAUUGGCAGGGAUAUACGGGGAAGACAAAGUGGUACUCAAACCUCGUGCUGGUAAACUUGGAUUAGGUACCGCCUAUGUCCACGGAUUGAACUUUUGUACUGGUAACUUUGUGAUCAUUAUGGACGCAGAUUUCUCACAUCAUCCUAAAUUCAUACCUGAAUUCAUCAAAUUACAAAAACUUCACAACCUCGAUAUCGUCACCGGUACACGAUAUUCCUCUACCCCUUCACCUAAACCAUCCUUAAAUUCUGUAUCGAUCGGAUUAGGUCCAGGAGGAGUAUACGGAUGGGAUCUGAAGAGGAAAUUGGUUUCGAGGGGUGCUAAUUAUUUGGCGGAUACGGUUUUGAGGCCUGGCGUGAGCGAUUUGACUGGUAGUUUCAGACUAUAUCGUAAAUCCGUCAUUCAAGAUAUAAUCUCCCGAUGUACAUCCAAAGGAUACGUAUUCCAAAUGGAAAUUAUCGUCCGAGCUAGAUCAUUGGGAUAUACAGUCGGGGAAGUACCCAUCACGUUCGUUGAUAGGAUUUACGGUGAAUCGAAAUUAUCAGGAAACGAAAUUGUAGGUUAUGCUAGAGGUGUGUUGAGUUUAUGGUGGGGUGUGUAG